UGGCGCUUUGCAUUGCACCAAAGCUACUUGCUCAGGAGUCCUAUUUCGGUGUCUAGAUUUCAGCCAAAUAGAUGCAAUAUGCCGAAAUCUUUUAUGGUAAAAAAUUCUAGACGAUGGAACCCGACAAGAAGUGUUGUCAGCGAAACAGAGACCCAUAACACAUCUUUAACUGUCCAAGAUAAGGAACAAAAUUCAAAAGCAGACGAUGCCAACCAAGAUGAAGAGCCAAUGACCUUCCAAAUGCUACUACAGCAUUACUUAUCUGCUCUAGAGAGAAGACAUCGCCAGAUGGAUUUUCGAUCCUUUUCGGAUGUUUUCCACUCAAUUCCCAAACAGCUGCUCUUAUUUGAGACAGAGGGGCAACUUACAGACUACUGCAACUGCUUCCGGUGUCAUUUACUUACCCCAUUCCUAGAUAACCGCUCCCAGAAUUCUAUCUCUCAACCAGUUAUGGAAGUAGACGAAGAUUCGUCCCAGUCGUCAUCAAAUUGGACGGAGCGACAAUUGCUGAUAGAUACUACUCUGCAUGAUGUGUCUGACUUUCAUAGAGCUUUUCGUUGUCCCGAGUGUGGAAAGACCUUCAAAAGGUCAUCUACCCUCAACACACACAUGUUGAUACAUAGUGACACCAGACCCUACCCAUGCCAGUACUGUGGCAAACGAUUUCACCAAAAGUCUGAUAUGAAAAAGCAUACCUUUAUUCAUACAGGUGAGAAGCCACACAAAUGUAAUGUGUGCGGGAAAGCUUUCAGUCAGUCCUCCAACCUCAUCACCCACAGCCGGAAACAUACAGGAUUCAAGCCGUUCAGAUGUGACAGGUGUGGCCGAAACUUCCAAAGAAAGGUCGACCUUCGGCGCCACCUCGAAACCAACCAUAAGACUGACUGACGUGAUUCUAAAUGAAUUCACAAGC